AUGGAAAAACAGCACAUACGCUUAUAUAUAAAAACUCGUUGGUUAUUAGGUUUAACAGCUACACAAAUUCAUGAUAAAUUAACUACUGCUUAUGGACAAGGUGUAGUUUCAUAUUGUACAGUUACUCGAUGGAUUCAGCGAUUUUCAAAUGAGCAAGAAUCUUUUGAAGAUAAUCCUCGAAGUGGUCGUCCAAUAACCGCCAUCACUCAACAAAAUAUUGAUGCUGUUAAGGAUCUGGUGAACGAUGAUCCACAUAUUAGUAUUGAUUAUAUUGCUGCCAUCUUAGAUAUAUCACAUGGUAGUGUAGAUGCCAUUCUCAAACAGCACCUUGGCUUAAGAAAGAUAACAUCAAAAUGGGUACCUCAUAAACUGACACAAGAACAACGACAACGACGUAUUGACAUUUGUAUCGAAAAUUUACAGAAACUUGAAAGUGGUAUCUGGAGACUGUGUGAUAUAGUCACGGGUGAUGAAACUUGGAUUUACCAUCGAAAAAUUAAAUCAAAAGAACAAUCUAAAGCAUGGGUAACAAAAGAUGAAAGUCCUCCAACACAGAAAAGACCAUUAUCAACAACAAAUGGCAUUAAGCUGCAUCAUGAUAAUGCACGACCACAUAUGAAUAACAUUGUUUUUAAUUAUCUUCAAGAAGAAAAAGUCAAGAUUAUGGCUCAUCCACCAUACUCUCCCGACCUUGCUCCUUCAGACUUUUGGUUAUUCAAUUGCCUGAAACGUAAUCUUGAUACAUAUCCAGAUGCUACAAGUUUAGCUACGGUAAUAACCAAGGAGCUUAAAUCAAUACCUAUUCACGAAUACCAAAAGACAUUUCAGAAAUGGAUUGAAAGGAUGAAACUUUGUAUUGAACAUCAUGGGGACUACUUCGAACAUUUACUGUAAAAAGAUUAGCAAAAUAUUUUCUCUAUGAAUAAAUAUUUGAAAGUUGCAGAACUUUUUGACUACCCUAUGUACAUGUUUGAGCUCUCUUGAUAUGACCAAAAAUCGCGCAAACAGUCGCGUAGAAAAGUCCUCAAUCCGAAUAUUGGCUUAUUCUGAGUAAAGCCUUUCGCCUGCAUCCUCAUUUGGGUGAGGGUGAGGGUGAGUCUAGCUACCAUAAUCUUGAUUUCACGCCAGUAACGACGAUCAUCAGAUGGAAAAUACAAUCAAUGGACCUCGAAAGAUCUCAAAGAUCCAAUCCAAUGAACCGUCAGAAAAACUCGAAAUUAGAAUUGGAUCUUUUGGAUUCUUUAUUGAAUCACUUGAAGAUCUUAAGCCAUCUGAUGAUCGUCUUAGUCGACGUGGUAUCUAGAUUAUGGUAGCUGUACUCGCCCCCUCACCCUCGAGAGUGACAGCUGAAUCAAGAUCUCGUGGCACUCACAGUAUGAGAUGCUGCCCUUGGCUUUGAUUAACUCUUCAUUAGGAUAGAACGCCUUCUGAGUCUCUGUCGACGACAGCAGAGAAUGGAAUUUCAGAUAGCAUUUCGAGGAUUUCCAACAGAAAGACAAUCUAGUACUGAUCAUUCUCAAGAGAGAAGACUUGCAGCAAAGCUCUCUUCAGUUCACUGAAGAUUGCAGACGUUUCUCUUGAAAGAGUCCUUGUUGUUCGAGACAAUUCAUUUACGACAUAUCCUGCCAUUUCUUCUACUAUUGCAUAGAGAAUGACAGUAAGGAGAGACCGCGACGACUUGAGAAGGUCGUCCCGAGCGCAGAGGACGAGACACAAAUACACUUACAGACACUAAACAGCAAAGAAUCUGAUCAAAUGCUCAUAAAGCUGGAAAAUCUCAUCAUUUUUACAUAGAACAACGAUAGAAUUCAAAGAUUUUGUCUUGAAUUCUUCAAAGAGAUUGCUAUUUUGUUGAGAAAUUCUUCAAUUUUGAACUACAAAUCAUCAACAAGAUGAAUUCAUUUUUUAAGAGAAUACUCGAAUUUCUAGUCAAUUGGAUAGAUAUCAAAGAAAUUCUUCAAGGGUAGUACAUACAGAGGGAACACUGAAUCAAGAUUCGUGGCACCCACAGUGAGAGAUGCUGCCCUUGGCAUUGAGAAGCUCCUUCAUUAGGACAGAACGCCUUCUGAUUCUAUGUCGUGGAGAGGUGAAUCCGUUUCCGAAUUAGAGAAUUCCUUCAUCAUACAAUGUUAAACUCACACCCACACUCUCAAGUGGUGUCAGUUCGGUCUAAUUAAUUAGGAAUAUAAUCGGUUUAUUAAAUAAUAACCGUUUACCGUUGAUUUAUCGAUUUCGAAUAUUAAUCCGAUUAUUAAUUGAAUAAUUGAUUAAAACCUUCAAAAGAGGAUUAUUUUUUAAUUGAUUAUCGAAGUUUAAUUGAUUUUAAUCGAAUUAUUUCUGAAAAAAACAGAUUUCUACCAAAAAAUCUGAUUAUUUUGUUUGAAAUCAAAAAUAAUCAUGAUUUUUUUGAAGAUAUUUUUCACUGAGCACUGAUUUCUUUUUUCAAUCGGUUAAUCAUUCAU